AUGGGAGUUGUUUCACUUCAUAAGUUAGGGUUAGUAUAUCUAGAGAACUUUGAGAUCCUGACUAUUGAAAAUUUGGUUGAUACUGAUUGGAGAAAGACAAUAGUCAGUUACUUAGAAAAUCCAGUUGGUUCGACAGAUCGAAAAGUUAAAUAUAGAUCUCUGAGCUAUAUGCUCAUAGGAAACAAAUUGUUUAAGAAAACGCCUGAGAGGGUUUUACUUAAAUGCUUUGGAGAAAGUGAGACAUAUUUGGCCGUAUUGUAUCGACUUGGUUGUCAAGAAUGCAAGGUCCAUUCAAGCAUUCAACAUGUCACUGCAAGUGAAUUGUACGCGCUUGUAAAACCAUGGCCAUUUAGAGAAUGGGCCUUGGAUUUGAUUGGUGAAAUUCGACCAGCAUCUUCUAAAGGUCAGAAAUAUAAUUUAGUAGGCAUUGAUUAUCUUACAAAGCGGAUCGAAACAAUUCCUUUAGUCAAUGUUGAUCAAGAUACUAUAAUAGAGUUUAUUCAAAUAAACAUUAUCUAUAAGUUUGGACUUCCUGAGGCCAUUACGACAUAUCAAGGUUCGGUGUUCACUCGUCGAAAGAUGCAGGAAUCUGCCUAUGAAAUGGGGAUUAAGUUACUGACUUCGACACCUUAUUAUGCUCAAGAAAAUGGUCAGGUGAAAGAAGCUAACAAGAUUGUCAUUAGUUUGAUCAAGAAGCAUGUGGGGAAGAAACCAAAGAAUUGGCAUAAAAUGUUCGAUCAGGUCUUAUGGGCAUGUCAAGCCUCUCCCAAAGAGGUGACAAAUACGACUCCUCGAUUGACUUAUGGACACGAAUUUGUUUUUCCAAUCGAAAUCUAUUUGCAAUUAGUUCGAAUUCAGAGGCAGGGAGAAAUUCCAUCUGAUCAUUAUUGGAGCAUGAUGUUGGAUGAAAUGGUCGAUUUAGAUGAAGAAAAGUUGGUAGCAUUAGACAUGUUAAUAAGACAAAAGGAGUGA